GGGGGGGGGGGAGCGGAGACAAGUGCCAUACAGAGCAGACCGUGACACCACCUGCGUCUCCUCGCCCUGAACCAAGACGUGGACGGACAUGCAGUCCCGUCGAAGGAGAAGCCUCACUAAGGAGGACGCGCCACCCACGUAGUCGCCGCCCACGAACUCCGUCGAAUCCUGUUAAUGGUAGCAGCGGGGGGGGGUCUACGGCUACUUGUCAACGGGGAGGCGGCCUGGGCACCGCCUCCGCAGAGGCUACACCCGCAAGUACGCCUGGCGUCGCAACUAAGCGAGUGGCGGGAUCCGGCGCGCGUGGUCGAGAUCCGGGAAGCCGUACAGGAUCCGGUAGGAAACGCAGAAAGAGACGGACGCUGGGGCAGAGGCGGCGAGCCGUCUUUGAGGGGAGAAUGGCAAACGAGGAGUACGGUGAGCAGCAAAAAGGAGGCGAGGCAACAGGCUAAGGUCCGCAGAGAGCGAGAGAUUGCCGAAGCUGAACGUGAGAAGCUGGAGUCUGGAGGCAAGCGGGCAGUUGAAUUCCGGCGUCGAAGUUGCGGUGGAAACCUUGUAACAGCUGGCUCUCGCUCCGUCAAGCGGAGUGCAGCGCGAAGACAGUCUGAUCCUGGAGUUACGAAUACUCAGAUCGGAGCCGAGAAAAAUACACUCAAGAAACCUUGUAGGCGUGCGGAGUGCGGUUGGUUCAUAAACAACCCGGGUCUCGAAUGCAGCGUGUGCCCCUCAGGCGUAGUGAACGCCGUCAGUGACAAGCUAUGCUCCGCAUGCCAUAGGUCGGAGGGCUUAGCUGGCUUCACGCACCUCAGAGGGCCACGGCUUGAACGAGCGACACGGUUGUUUUUGGCCGAGUACCAAGAAGGAGAGGGGGAGCUGCCUCUACCUCUCGUGCGAGGAUUUUGUCCCAGCAACGACUGCAUUUGCCAACGCCGAGAUUGUUUCUACGGUUUUCUUCUCGAGAGGGAAGCAAAGCCGGAGCUCCGAACAUGUAGCGUGUGCAAGAGAGGGUACCCUGUGAAGGACCAGAAGAGGUGGUACAGUGUGGACGUCGUGGAUGAUAACAUAACGGAGGGUGGUGGUGUGAGCUUGGUACUGCCAGGCCUGCAAUCAAGCUCGAAUCCGGGCCAUCGGAGAAGCUACUCAAAAAAAGGUUGCGGCAUCGAGCAACUCGGGCCGACCUAAAGCCGAUGAACCGGCGCCGGAGAAGCCGUUCAGCCGGGUGCGCGCGUUGGUGAUUAAAGCCGUAGCUCGCGGGGACAUCCUUUACUGGGAGGAUGUGUUCGACUGGCUCUCAGCUGAGCGCGCAAAGGAUGGUGACCAAGA